GGUCAGGAGGAUACAUAGCAAUUAGAUUCAUAGCUCCUCACACAACGCAAUGGCAUUAAGCGUUUGUCAAAGCUCUGACAUGUUUUAACUGAUAAUUCGACUGCUUUACAAUUUGUGUAUUCCACGCAGGGGAAACGUCACUCGUGGUGUGCGCCACGUCAAGAAAGCAACCCUGACCGCUCACCAGAAAGGAAAGAAAGCAGGCUGAAUGGCUGAGCCAGAGCUCCUGCUGGACUCCAACAUCCGACUCUGGGUGGUGUUGCCCAUUGUCUUCAUCACCUUUCUCGUCGGGGUCAUACGUCACUAUGUGUCCAUUCUUCUUCAAAGUGACAAGAAGUUGACUUUAGAGCAGGUGUCAGACAGCCAGGUCCUCAUUCGGAGCAGAAUCCUCAGAGAAAAUGGAAAAUACAUUCCUAAACAAUCCUUCUUAAUGAGGAAGUUCUACUUCAAUAAUCAAGAGGAUGGAUUCUUCAAGAAAACAAAAAGAAAGGUCGUCCCGCCCUCGCCAAUGACUGAUCCGAGCAUGCUGACAGACAUGAUGAAAGGAAACGUGACCAACGUGCUUCCCAUGAUCUUGAUCGGAGGCUGGAUCAACUGGACCUUUUCGGGAUUUGUAACAACUAAGGUCCCUUUCCCUCUCACGCUGCGCUUCAAACCCAUGCUGCAACAAGGAAUAGAACUGCUGUCACUGGAUGCUUCCUGGGUUAGUUCAGCAUCAUGGUACUUCCUGAAUGUCUUUGGACUGCGAAGCAUGUACUCGUUAAUCCUUGGCCAGGACAAUGGUGCAGAUCAGUCAAGGAUCAUGCAGGAGCAGAUGAGUGGGGCUGCCAUGGCCAUGCCUGCAGACACAAAUAAAGCUUUCAAGGCGGAGUGGGAGGCCCUGGAACUGACUGACCAUCAGUGGGCACUGGAGAGUGUGGAGGAGGAUCUCAUGAGUAUGGAGCUGGACUUUGACAGCAUGUUUAGCAAGGAGCUGCCCACUGGUAUCUUUUGAGGCCCUAAUAGUUUUUUCCUGCUAGGGGGGUUUAAAUGCAGGGAUUCCCCCCCACCCCCACACACACACAAAAAAACACUGAGAUCGGAUAAAUCCCUCCCUAUUAUGCAAUGUUUACAUUCCUUUUUUUCCAGGUCCUUUUUCUGUAAGUUGUACUAACCUUUCAUGACUGACUUAGAAUGUCUAGCAGAAAACAAGUCAUGUUUUUGCAUUAUAAUUGGCUUGCAAAUUACACUACUCACAAAGAAUUAAGCAUAUUCAAGAGCUGAACAGCUAAAUUCACAACAGAUGUUUUAUCCAUGAAUGGACUAAUACAUUUCCCAGUUCAAUUACAAUUGAAUUUAAACAGUCUCUCCAUCAUGCUGUUAACAAUUUAACCUUGAGACAAGGCAUUCCCUAAAAUUUAACAACAGUACCUCGCCAACAGGAUGUUCUCAGAGGGAAGUGGCCACUGAGUUUAGAGUGUAACUGAGUGUCAUCAGCAGGUUGCAACUGAAAUACAAAGAGACUAGAAGAGUCACAGAAAGGCAAUGACGUCCUUGGAAAUUUAGUUCGAUUCAUGUACCGAACAUCUAGGAAUUUUGCUGUUCAGCUCAUUAUUGAAGAACAGAAAAUUGUGCAAAACGUACUAAAACAUUGAAAAGUUAGACAUGUGCAUUGAAAGGCUUAGAAAAGGUCAAAGGAAUUUCACCUGUAAAGGUUAUAGUCCAUUUUAGGUUCAUCCUGAAAUUUCACCUAAGAGUCAAACAUCACUAACUUUUUAUGAGUUUUGUUUGUCAUAGUAAAGCCCGAUAGGUUAAAUAAUGUGAACAACUUCAUAUUUCAUUGUAUUUCAUGUGCAGCUAAUGUUGCUAUUUUCAUCUGCACCAUCGGGUUAAAAAUACAACUUUAGUUUUUCAAUGAUGUUUAAUUUAAUUACUCCUUUGUUAGAUUAUAAAGCUUAAGAAAUGACUACUUGAUGGCACAACAACCAGUGUUUGUGCUAGAUUGAUUGAAUUAUUAUUUUUGGUGAAAAAGGUUUAUUUUGUUUUGUAACCCUCCUUUGUUUUGUACAGUAAAACCUGCUUUGACUAAAUAA